AUGGCCGAAGGUUCGGAUUCGAUUUCGGCCAAUACCAAAACUUCAUUUUCGCCAUCCGCUUUCUAUCAAAAAAAUUUAAGCAACGCUACCUUGCAAAGCAAGAACCAUCCUGCCACAGCUCUAAGUGGCUACUCCACCCACCUCAAUAGUUACCUCAGCCGCUUAAAUGGCACCAUUCUCGAUCAAUGCAACCUCUUACUCACCCCCCUCCAUACUACUUUCAACUGCCCUGCCAAUCCCACCCAUUCCCCUCACCACCACCGCCGACCUUUGAGCGGACUUGGUGGCCGUGGUUCAAUUCUUGAAUAUUUAAAUUAA